GACCCGGAAGUAGCUUUGUCAGGCAUCCUAGCCUAGCAUGCUAGCUGAUUCUGGAGGCUACUUGAAAACAUGGGGGCUGUCAGCGAAGCACGUCAGUGACAGCAUUCCCCAGGAGUGGGCAACUUAAAAGGGUAUUACCUGAAGACAUCUUGUACUGUGUCAAUCUGCCCGGUCCCUCCUCGACAUGGAGUCCAUGCUGAACAAACUGAAGAGCACGGUCACAAAAGUGACUGCGGACGUCACCAGCGCCGUCAUGGGCAACCCGGUCACGCGGGAGUUCGAGGUAGGCCGACACAUCGCCAGCGGCGGUCCUGGCAUGUGCUGGAGGAUCUACAACGGCACCAAGAAGUCCACCAAGCAGGAAGUGGCCGUGUUUGUCUUUGACAAGAAGAUGAUUGACAAGUACCAGAAGUUUGAAAAGGAUCAAAUUGUGGACUCGCUGAAGCGAGGGGUGCAACAGCUGACCCGACUGCGACACCCGCGUCUCCUGACUGUUCAGCAUCCUUUGGAGGAGUCACGGGACUGUCUGGCCUUCUGCACAGAACCGGUUUUCGCCAGUCUGUCCAACGUGCUGGGCCACUGGGACAACCUUCCUAGCCCCGUUCCCAACGACAUCAAGGAGUACAAACUGUACGACGUUGAGACCAAGUAUGGACUGCUGCAGAUCUCUGAGGGUUUGUCCUUCCUGCACAGUGGAGUGAAAAUGGUUCACGGCAACUUAUGUCCAGAGAACAUUAUUCUGAAUAAGAGUGGAUCAUGGAAGAUUAUGGGUUUUGACUUCAGUAUUUCAUCCAGCAAUCCGUCUGACAAUGAACCCAAGUUCUCCUGUAAGGAAUGGGAGCCCAACCAGCCACCUCUGUGCCUGCCCAACCCCGAGUACCUGGCGCCCGAGUACAUCCUUUCAGUCAGCUGCGACACGGCCUCCGACAUGUACUCUCUGGGCGUGGUGGCGCAUGCUAUCUUCAACGAGGGCAAACCCGUUUUUGCCGUUAACAAGCACGACAUCUUCAAAAGCUUUAGCCGGCAGCUCGACCAGCUCACCAACAUAAGUCCGGCACUGUUGAACAAACUCCCAGAGGAGGUACGCGACCAUGUAAAAAUGCUACUCAGCGUCUCGCCCAACGUGCGCCCCGAUGCCGACCAGAUGACCAAGAUUCCGUUUUUUGACGACGUGGGCGCGGUGACGCUGCAGUAUUUUGAUUCGCUCUUCCAGAGAGACAAUCUGCAAAAGUCUCAGUUCUACAAGGGCCUCCCUAAAGUCCUACCCAAGCUCCCCAAGCGAGUAGUGGUCUACCGCAUCCUUCCGGCUCUUUCAUCGGAGUUCGUCAACCCGGACAUGGUCCCCUUCGUGCUACCUAACGUGCUGCUCAUCGCCGAGGAGUGCACCAAGGACGAGUACGUCCGCCUUAUCCUGCCCGAUCUAACACCAGUCUUCAAGCAGCAGGAGCCCAUCCAGAUUCUACUCAUCUUCUUGCAAAAAAUGGACCUGCUCUUGACCAAAACGCCGCCGGAGGACAUCAAGAACAGCGUUCUGCCAAUGGUUUAUCGAGCUCUUGAAGCCCCGUCCGUGCAGAUCCAGGAGCUGUGCCUCAACAUCAUCCCCACAUUCGCCAACUUAAUCGACUAUCCGUCCAUCAAGAACGCUCUCAUCCCCCGUAUAAAAUCCGCCUGCCUGCAGACGUCUUCGCUCGCCGUGCGUGUCAACUCGCUAGUGUGUCUGGGAAAGAUCCUGGAGUACAUGGACAAGUGGUUUGUCAUUGAUGAGAUCUUGCCCUUCCUGCAGCAGAUUCCCUCCAGGGAACCGGCGGUGCUCAUGGGAAUCCUUGGCAUCUACAAGUGCACCUUCAGUCACAAGAAGCUGGGCAUCCCCAAGGAGAACCUGGCAGGUAAAAGCCUGCCACACUUGGUGUCGCUUAGCAUUGACAGCAAUCUCAACCUCAAUCAGUUCAACUCCUUCAUGGUGGUCAUCCGAGAAAUGUUGAGUCGCAUGGAGGCCGAGCACAAGACCAAGCUGGAGCAGCUGCACAUCAUGCAGGAGCAGCAGAAGAGUUUGAACAUAACCGCCACAGGGAAACCGUCAGAGGAGACCAAGAACCCGUCGACGUCACACCAGAUCGAUGACAUUUUUGGCAGCGCGGGGGUGAACGGGAAGGAGAACGGAUCUUCGACCGUAGCCCCGCAGCCUAAUAGAAUGUCUUUGACUCUGGAGGAAAAACAGCGACUGGCUAAAGAGCAGGAGCAAGCGGCCAAACUGAGAAGUCAGCAGCCGCUGGCGCCACAGAGCGUCAAACCGACGGCUUCCACCAACUCCAAGACGAAAGAUCUAACCAGCAGCCUGCUCAACAACAUGGCUUCCCUAAACAGUAUGUCGUUAUCCAACACGCCACGACCGCCGAUGGUGCAGGCCUCACCGGGCAUGUCCGCCUUCCCCUCGCCGUCCGUGGGCGGCCCGAUAUCCAACGGCUUCAACUUUUCGUCAUCACCGGGCGUGGGGAUGAACAUGCGGCCGUCGGGUUCCAACAUCUAUGGUGGCAUGGGCACCACCGCCAGCACCCCCAACUUUGGCGCCCUAGCGCAGAAUAACAGCCAGAUGAACAUGUCGGCGUUGGACAACCUUUUCACGUCCAACAAGCCCAAAGUGUCCCUCAACCAAAUGGCGCCCGCGAGCGGCAACCCAUGGCUCGGCCAGUUCGCCACGGCCCCAAACGCUCAGCCCGCCAUGCAGGGAGCUCCGGCGGCAGGAUUCGGAAUGCAGGCGAACCCUUUUUUCAGUCCGCAGAACUUCUCCCAAACCCCCGUCGCCGCCAACCAAAGCGGACUAAAGCACAGCACGUCCGCGAACAAUGACCUGAAAGACUUGUUUGGCUGAUAGUUGUUACAAUGUGAAGUGAAAAAUUCCACUUUUGCCGUGUCUAUUUUAGAUCGUGCUCACAUUCUGCACCUCAUUUGUAUUUGAAGGACAUGUUGCUUCUUCUAUGCUGUCUUCUACAAGGCUGUGGGUUUCUUACUCUUUUCUACUUGAUAUUCUUAAGGUUGUUUUGGGGGUUAGUUUAUGAAUGUGAGCUAGUUUAAUCCAGUGGACAUCCGGACUCGGGAGGUCCCUGGACGUGUAGCAUCCAGCAAGCAGGCUGGCUCAAUGGCAACAAUCCUUGCAGCAAGAGUAACGUCCACAUUACUGUGUGCCACGUACAGCCUCAUACACACAUCGACAUUUCACUUCAUUUGAAUGCAGUACGACUGGUCUGAGCACACCUUAUAGCUAGAUGCUAAAAAGGUGCAUCGUAGGCUCUUGUGCCUUACAGGGUUAACUUUUUUUUCCUGUCAAUUUGACCAAUGAACUUAUCUUUUGUCUUUCAAAUCAAAAGAUUCCUGUUUGCACUUGCAGUGUACCAUUCCGAGCUUAAAUUUUAAAUAGUAAAAAAGUCAAUAUAUGGAUUCCAGCACUUUUCAAAUGUUUUAAUUAGACGGUGCAAAGGGUCUUCUGCAGUUUUAGUUGUGUGUGUGAUGAGAGUGUAAGCCUUAGGGGAUGAAAAGCGUGCAAUAGCAAUGAUUCAUACUGCACUGCCCUCCAACAGCCACUUAGUUGAACAAAUAUUACAAAUUGCACAGUUGUCAUUUUGUUUUCACUGGAGACCGCUUUCAGAAAGUCUUUAGUCAUUCCUUUUUCUCUUUUUUUCAUAUUCUACUGCUGGCAUUUGUGUGUUAUGUGUGAUUUAACGAAAUGUGUACAUAUAAAGGAAA